AUGCCCCUCGGCAUUCUAAUAGGACAAACAGGACAGUCCUCUGUGAAACUGUUUGCAUAUUUCCAAAUUGUUCAGGGUGCAAAUUCUGCUGUGAUAGACAUGGAAAACAUGGAUGACACAUCUGGCUCCAGCUUUGAAGAUAUGGGUGAGAUGCACCAACGUAUCAAGGAAGAAGAAGAAGUGGAUGCAGAAGCAGCUGCUGCAGAUGAAGAAGAUGGAGAGUUCUUGGGAAUGAAGGGCUUUAAGGGACAAUUGGGUCGUCAAGUAGCUGAUGAGAUGUGGCAGGCAGGAAAAAGACAAGCUUCCAAGGCCUUCAAUCUUUACGCCAACAUUGAUAUCCUUAGGCCCUACUUUGAUGUGGAGCCAAGCCAAGUUCGGAACAGACUACUUGAAUCCAUGAUACCUGUGAAAAUGGUUAAUUUUCCCCAGAAGAUAGCUGGUGAACUUUAUGGUCCCCUUAUGCUUGUCUUCACACUGGUGGCCAUCUUGCUGCAUGGAAUGAAGACAUCCGAUACUAUCAUUAGGGAAGGCACACUGAUGGGAACAGCUAUUGGGACCUGCUUUGGUUACUGGAUAGGAGUCUCCUCCUUCAUCUACUUUUUAGCAUAUUUGUGCAAUGCUCAGAUCACUAUGGUUCAAAUGUUGUCACUGCUGGGGUAUGGACUGUUUGGGCAUUGCAUCACCCUCUUUGUCACCUACAACAUUCACUUUCACUCCCUUUUUUAUAUCUUCUGGCUGGUGAUUGGCGGUCUCUCUACAUUGCGAAUGGUUGCUGUGUUGGUGUCGCGCACAGUGGGACAUACCCAGCGACUCAUCUUAUGUGGUGUGCUUGCUGCCCUACACAUGCUUUUCCUCCUUUAUCUGCACUUUGCUUAUCACAAAGUUGUAGAAGGUAUCCUGGACACGUUGGAAAGACCCAACAUGCAUCCUUUUCAAAGAGUUGCCAGAGACAUUCCAGCUGUUUCCUCUGCUGUGCUUAACAUAAACAACAAAACAGUUUCUGCGCUGACCUCAUAGCCUUACAGACUGUGGCAUGCUCUCCCUGCCUGUACAUGGGUCAUAUACUCUGCUGCUGUUAUCAGGGAACAGAGGCAGAGUAGCAGAAUGAGGGCUUGGUUUUACCUGCAGAUCUUUUUCACAAAGUAAGGGCAGCAAGUUCCCAGCAUGUUUCGGAGGAACUGCAUUUGUACAGCUUUGGCUGGAUUGUGCUGGGCAGAGUCUUUCUCCUAGUCUUUGCACAUUUAGCUGGGAUUGUAUAGCUCAGACUUUUCUUUUGUAUACCCUUUGCGCUCACUCUCUUCUUUUUAAUCUGUGUACCUGUAAUCAUCUCCAUUGCCAAGGGAAGAAUUAAAUUAAAUAGAUGUUGGUUCUGAGCAGUCUCUUCUGUUGGACCUUCAUCAUAAAUUAAGCACAGCAGCUGGUUCUUGCUGUUUUCCUUCUAUUCUGAAAUCUAAUCAAAACUUUUCAGAUAAAUUCCUUUGCCUAAAAUGCUUCCAUUCGUGCAAGCAAUGUAUGGAUUCUUUUGAUGCAGAAUGUGGCUGACUGCCACCUUUCUUUCUUAGCACUGUAAGAAAAUAUUUAUAUUCUGCAGAAUACAGGUUCAAAUGUCCAUAACACUUGGUUUCAGAAUUGUGUAUACAUACAAUGUUUCAGAUGUCAAGACUAGCAUUUUUAUUAGUCUAGUUCCUCCUUUCAUUUUAUGGCAAUCUAGUGUUCAACCAGGAGUUUGUUUUACCUUUCCAGCUUUAAACUGCAGUUCAUGUGUGUAGAUGAGAGUAUAUCUCUUGCUCACGUUGUAGCUGUAAAUGUACUGAGUCAUAGUUCUGUGCUUAUAGCAGGCUCAGUUCACCAUCUUGAAGCAUCUGUCACAACACAACUAACAAGCUCUACUAAUUGUUUCUAAUUAGCUGUUCUUACUGUGGCCAUUGGAUCAUUUCCUUUUUAUGCAUCAGAGAACCAGCCUCUUGCUGGUUGGACUUCCAGUGUAUACAGCAGUAUAUUCCUCACUUUUUGUGAGGAACAUGAAGCAACUUUAAUUUAUUUUUCUACUUUGUAGUUUUCUUCUUUGUUCUUGUGUCUAGUACCUUGCAGAGAAUAUAGGAAAACAAAAUUGCUGUUUAUUUAACAAGAGAAAGGACACACAGUUCCAUGUUCAAAAGUAUAAAUAAUGUACAGUACUUAUCACUAGCCUAUGUAUCAUGCACAGUCAUUCUUACCAGUCUAUCCUAUUUAGGUUUUUACAUUUCUAGUGCCAUUUCAGAAUUAUUUCUGGAUUUGAAUGUAAUAUGUGUACUGUAUAUUGUAGAAUACCUAGUAUGGGAGUAAUACUGGUUGAAAUGUUGUAGAUAUGUAGAUAAAUAGUACUUGUCACCUAUGCAAAACUAAAGUUAACAAGGGAUGUAAGAAGUGGUUCUGCUGCUUGAAAUGACACAUCUUAGUUUCACCAUGUUUCUUGUUACAUCAGAAACUGCAUACAUGUUUUGGAAUUUUCCUCGUAUUUUCUAUUUGAAGUUUACAGUUAAUAAUUAAGCCAGAGGUGUGUGGAACCAGACUAGGGUAAAAGAAUCCAAUAUAAUUUGAGGUGUUUGGUAGGAAAAUAAAUAUCUUGUGCAUCAA